AUGGUUGCCCACGCCACCCCCCAUCUCGAUGCCCUCCAGCGCGACGGGUUCGUCAAGAUAAGCGGUCUGCUCAGUGCGACGGAGAUCGAGACGCUGAAAGAGACAGCCACGAACGCGACGACGAUGACCCGUGCAGGUCGCUGGCCUCAUUUCCGUACCGUGCCCAAGCAGUUCCCCCCCUGGCCGACAGCCGUGCCGCCGGCCUCGGAGGGAGGCAUCUGGGGCGUGCAGCACCUGCUGCAUCCCGAGAUGCCUGGCCGGGAGGAGUUCGCACGUUGUUACUUUUCCGACAAGGUGGUAGCGGUGGUUGAGGAGCUCCUGGGGGUGCAGGACCUGACGAACAAGGAUGAUGACACCCAUGAGGUUCUGAUUAUGGAGCUGUUCAAUCUGCUGGUGGCACCGGAAACCAAGGACUUUGAGCUGCGCUGGCACCGGGACGGGAUCCCCGAGACGGUCAGCCCGGAGGAAGAGCUGCGGCAGCUGCAGGAGAAGAGCCCCCAGGGUCGCCAGGCGCACGCCCAGUAUAACCUGGCGCUGUGCCCGGACAUGUCGUUGAUCGUGGUUCCCGGCUCACACCGACGCGUGCGGACAGAGACCGAGCGAACGGCGGACCCGUACGCGGCUUACCUGCCCGGUCAACUGGUGGUCGAGCUGCAGCCGGGCGAUGUGGUUUUCUACGACAGCAAUAUCCUGCACCGCGGGGUGUACAAGGCGAAGGCCGCCGGCGGGCCGGAGACGCGGCUCACGCUCCAUGGCUGUCUGGGCCUCAAGGGCGCCGACUCGGAUGCGGACAAGAAGGCACGCGCAACGGCCGUCCUGCAGCACGGCGUGGGCGCCUGGGUGUACCGCGACGAUGCGACGUUCGGCAUGGGCCAGCGACCGGAGAGAAUGAGGGCCAAUCUGGUGGCGAUGGGGAGGGGGGAGGGAGUGGGAUAUUCACUUCAGGGGUAG